UUUCGUCCGAAUAAAAGAAAACAAGAACAGAAAAAGAAGAAGAGGAAGAAGAAGAAGAAGAAAUCGGAGACCGGCAGACCCACCAACUACCACAUUGUCGCCGUCAGAUCACCGGCGCGAAGGAUUGGAGCUGAAGAUGGGUGUGAAGCAAGCUAUAAAGAACUUGGAUGCUUUUCCACGAGCCGAAGAGCAUUUGUUGCAGAAAACACAAUCCGGCGCCCUUGUUUCAAUCGUUGGACUGGUCAUCAUGGCAACACUAUUUUUUCACGAGCUGAGAUACUAUCUCACUACGAAUAUUGUUCAUGAGAUGGCUGUUGACUUGAAAAGAGGAGAAACUCUACCAAUCCAUAUCAAUAUGAGUUUUCCAUCUUUACCAUGUGAUGUUCUGAGUGUCGAUGCUAUUGAUCUGUCGGGAAAGCAUGAAGUGGAUCUUGACACAAAUAUAUGGAAGCUUCGUUUGAAUAGAGAUGGAUAUAUAAUUGGUACAGAGUAUUUGUCGGACCUUGUGGAGAAGGAGCAUACUGCACAUAAACAUGGGCAUGAUGAUCAAGACCAGAAAGUCCAUCUCCAAGGUUUUGAUAAAGAAGCUGAAGAUAUGAUUAAAAGGGUGAAGCAAGCUUUGGCUAAUGGAGAAGGCUGUCGGGUCUAUGGUGUUUUAGAUGUUCAACGGGUUGCUGGGAAUUUCCAUAUUUCGGUUCAUGGGCUGAGUAUUUUUGUUGCUCAAAUGAUUUUCGAAGGAUCUAGUCAUGUCAAUGUCAGUCACAUCAUUCAUGAUUUAUCCUUUGGGCCAAAAUAUCCAGGCAUUCAUAAUCCACUUGAUGGGACAACUCGGAUCUUGCGUGGGACAAGCGGAACCUUCAAGUAUUAUAUAAAGAUUGUUCCAACAGAAUAUAAUUAUUUAUCAAAAGAAGUUUUACCAACUAAUCAAUUCUCUGUCACGGAGUAUUUCUCACCGAUGAACGAGUUUGAUAGGACAUGGCCAGCUGUGUACUUUUUGUAUGAUUUGUCACCAAUUACUGUUACCAUCAAAGAAGAACGUCGCAAUUUCCUCCACUUUAUUACUCGUCUUUGUGCUGUACUGGGUGGGACAUUUGCCUUAACAGGAAUGCUGGACAGAUGGAUGUACAGGCUGCUUGAAGCAUUUAUAAAGCCUAAAAGAAGCCUUUUACGGUGAAUUGCAGUUCAAGAGGACCUAAAACUAGUCAUGCUGUCAAGCAAAUUGUAUACUAUUGUGACACUAGCAAAAGUGCGUUCGUUGCCUAGUUUAUACCAUAGAUCAUGUGCAUUAUCAGCUCUUGUUAUUUAUCUUUUGAAUUAAGCCAUUCCGUAGUCAAAUAGUUUAUCCACAACAAUUUUGCUUUGGUCUAACAGCUUUUUGCUAGCAAUGUGAUCAAGUUAAUCAAAAUUUUGUACUUUUGUUGACAUAAAUGCUUUUGAUCUUGACAGUGAAUUA